CUGCGUUAUGUCGGUACGAUAGAUUUCUUAACCGAAAAAGUGGUCAACUUUAACGCUUAAUAUCUCGGUUCGCAAGGCAGACCGCCGCGUUUUUCUGUCAGAUUCUCUUAUUUUGAGUGAAAUCGCGUUGAUUGAGCCUAAACUUAUCAAAAUCGGAGUCUCGUGAAUCGCGGAGUUGAAUCUUCGGACGAAACGUCAGUCCUCCACGAUGAGCGAGGACGCUGAUCGACUGAGCAAACACAUAAAGCACUCACUAAGAACGGUGCCGAAAUCAAAUGUGCUAGAAUGCCGCGUUUGUGAAGAGGUUUUCACAGUGGAUGGUGUGAAGGUGCCACGUUUAUUGCACUGUGGACAUACGGUGUGUCACUCAUGCCUCCUGCGGUUGAGAACUUGCAUGUCAGAACAGCAAUUUUUGCUCUGUCCCUUUGAUCGACAACCUACUGCUAUUCAUGAGAACAGCGUCUAUAGUUUGAAAAAAAACUUUGCGCUUAUUGAGCUGCUUGAAAGACUAGAGCAAUCCAACAGCCAGAAGACAUUGGUGUUGGAGCGCGAGAGACUCCAGUCGAAUCUGUUGUGUGAUGAGGAUGAGGCGCAUACUGCCGUUCUUUACUGCACUGUCUGUGCCACGCACCUAUGUGAGACUUGUGAUACUGCCACACAUUCAUCCAAGACAUUGGGCAAACAUAGGCGUGUGCCACUUUCGGAGAAACCACGUGAGAAACCUCGUUGUCCGAUACAUACGACACAUAUAGCUGAAUUCACAUGUACUCAAGAAGGCUGUCAUAAUUCCUUGAUGUGUUACUUGUGUAAAGAAUAUGGAAAACACAGUACACACAAGCCAGCAUUGGUGGAGGAAGAGGCCGAGAACAUCAGGAAAUCCAUUAUCGCAGCAUUGCAAAAGAUGACACAGUUUAUGGAAAGCAUGAGAGAUACCGCACAUAAAAUAGAAAUAGUAAUUGAAGAAUUAGAAGGUUGGGCGAUUGAAGAUGCGAGACGAAGGGUGCGAUAUCAUUUUGAAGAAUUACGCGCUGUCCUGGCUGAACAAGAAAAAACAGCGAUGGCAUACAUCGAAACGGAAACUCGCGGUAGACUUUGCGCACUAAGGCAGCAACAAAAAGAUCUCACGACCACGAGAUCGCAGGUAGCUGGUGUGUGCAUUCAAUGCGAAAGCAUACUCGAUUCUGAAGACUGGAAAUUGCUAAGUAGCUCGGAAAAAGUUAAAGAAGUGUUGGCGACAUUGGAGCAACAACAGCAGCAUUAUGCACAAUUGGGACCGGACUUUCUCAGUCCUGAAUCCUCCAUUCCUAUUAUAUUCAGCAGGGAUAACGAAUACAUAUUGGAACAAAGAUUUGAUAUGCGCGUAGUGAUCUUAGGAUUAGAUGGGGCAGGAAAAACGAGCAUUUUAUCUGCUAUGCGAAAUGUUACGUUGCCAAGCCCACCAAUUCCUACUAUCGGCUUCAAUGUUGAAAGUUUAGAAUACAUGAAUCUCGUAUUUACUCUCUGGGAUGUCAGUGGUCAUCAAAAGUUUAGGCCAUUAUGGAAACACUAUUAUCAUAACACGCAAGCUAUUAUCUUUGUAGUUGAUGCCAGUGACAGAUCUCGCUUCGAAGAAGCACGGAAAGAAUUAUCGAAGAUACUUUACGAACGAGAACUGAAGGAUGCUUUACUUUUAAUUUAUGCUAAUAAACAAGAUGUUCCUGAUUGUGCGAGUGUGGAAGAGCUGGUCGAUAUAUUCGGUUUGCAUAAACUUUGUUGUGCGAGAAUAUGGCACAUUCAGGGCUCAUCAUUAGUUACCAAUGCAAGCGGUACGUUGCAGGGUCUUGACUGGCUAUCGACACAGUGUGUUUAGUUCUCUUCCUUUCAUAAAAUUGUUUAAGAAUAAAGGAUUGAAAGAUAUCUAU